AACAGAACAGCGAACACUCUCUCCCUUUCACUAUGGCAGCUCUCAUUUACUUGUGUCUACAAUUCCUCUGCUUCGCCUUCGCAAUCAUCGGAACUCGUGCCCAGUGCCCGCCAGGCACGUGGGAACUCCUGGUUGAAAACGCAGGCAUUGCCUCCAUGCACACCGCGGUCACCCGGUGGAACACGGUCGUCCUCCUCGACCGGACUGGCAUUGGCUUGUCCAAUAUAUCGCUCCCAAACGGGGAAUGCCGUGACGACCCGACGGACUUGGCUUUAACACACGAUUGCUCUGCCCAUUCCGUUCUCCUCAACCUCGACGACAACUCAAUCCGUCCCCUCGAGAUCCUCACCGACACUUGGUGCUCCUCGGGCCAAUUCCUCCCCGACGGCACCCUACUCCAAUCGGGCGGCAACGACGACGGCACCACAAAGUUCCGAACAUUCACCCCCUGCGCAUCCACUUGCUCCUGCGAUUGGGUUGAGCUUCAAAACAUCACAUUGUCCCAAGGGCGUUGGUACGCCACGAAUCAGAUACUCCCGGACGGCUCUAUCAUAAUAGUCGGGGGCAUUGGCAUCAGCAGCGUGGAGUACUUUCCACCAAGACCUGGCGGCGCCGUCAAUUUCCCAUUCCUCGCCGAGUCGGGAGACAACCAAACAGAUAACUUGUAUCCAUACGUGCAUCUUCUCCCCCAAGGAAAUUUGUUUAUAUUUGCUAACAAUCAAUCUGUGCUAUACGAUUACAAUGAAAACGUGAUUGUAACAUUUUUUCCUCAGUUGCCGGGGGGCCCACGUAACUAUCCGUCAGCAGGAUCCUCUGUCAUGCUAGCAUUGGAAGGGAACUAUUCCACGGCCACUAUUGUCAUUUGCGGUGGGGCCCAGUACGGUGCCUACCUUAAUCAGAGUCUCGGCAUUGCUUCGAGUGUGAAUAGUACAGCCAAUGGGAGUUGCGGGCGGAUUGUGGCGACUGAUCCCAACCCCGCUUGGGAGAUGGAGGACAUGCCGCUUGUUCGGAUCAUGGGGGACAUGGUGAUGCUACCAACCGGAGACAUAUUAAUAAUCAACGGGGCUCAAGCGGGGUCGCAAGGGUUCGGAUUUGCAACGAAUGCGUGUUUGACGCCGGUUCUAUACCAACCCGAUCAACCUGAGGGAUCCCGGUUCAUGAUGCUAAACCCUGGUUCAAUCCCCAGAAUGUACCACUCGACCGCAAAUUUAUUGCCCGACGGGAGAAUUUUGAUCACCGGAAGUAACACGAAUUACUACUACACAUUUACCGGGGAUUUUCCGACGGAGCUGAGAGUCGAGGCGUUUUCGCCGGAUUAUUUGUCAGCAGACAACUCUAAUUUGAGGCCGGUGCUGGUGAAGACGCCACAGAUGGUGCAAUACGGGAACCUUUACAAUGUGUAUCUAACGGUGCCGUCAUCGUUGGCGGGGAUACUGGAGGUGAAUUUUGCAAGUGCGCCUUUCACUACGCAUUCAUUUUCACAGGGACAGAGAUUGGUAAAGUUGAAUAUCACUCGUAAUGUGUCGCAAGUUAAUGGACAGUACAGGAUUGUGUUUCAGGCACCACCCAAUGGGAUGGUGGCGCCACCAGGAUAUUAUAUGAUGUUUGUCGUCAACCAGGGAGUGCCGAGUGUCGCUCAUUGGGUCCAAUUGACCUCCUAA